AUGGUGUCAAGGGGGAGCACGAAAUGGCUGCUCGUGCCGGAUGUGGUGCAUGGGUUUGAUUCGGCGAACUGGAGGAAUAAAUCUCUCUGGGGGGAUGAAGAGGCGAGGAUGGAUGCAGAGAUGAAGACGAUGGCUUAUCAAAGGGAAGUGAUAGAGUGGCUGUGGGGGGGGUUGUUUGGAUGGUUGCCAACCGAGGAGGACUUGACUAUCCCACCAAGCCAGUAUGGUCUGCAGGUCGUGAUGGGGUUUGGGUUCGGGUUCAACAUGGGGACGUUGCUGAUGAUGAUGCCGCUUGCGGUCAAGCAAGAGGAUAUGCGUAUGUUGUCUGGCGUCCUGUUGUCAACUCUCAGCUAA